AUGUCCGGUACGGGUGGAAGAAAAGGCGGCGGCGGUGGUGGCGGCGGUAAAAAAAAAGAAGAUGGUAAUAACGAAUCGAAAGAAGAUGAUACCGGAAGUGGAAACGGUGAUAAAAAAGACUCGAAUGUAAAAAACGAUAAAACUUCUAAUAAUGGUGACGUGAAACCCGGAAGUGCUGGAGUCAGCAUAAGAGAAGGUAGUCACAGAUUGUUGGCACUUGCAAUGAGAGGAGAAUGGCCCCCCGUUGAUCAAGUAUUAAAAGCGAUUGAAAAAGCUGUCGCUGCCGGUGGAGAUGAUGUUAACAGCACGCCACUCUCAGGAGUCGUAGAUCCCAUAACUGGAAUGACUCCAUUGAUGUACGCGGUUAAAGAUAAUCGCACGACUUUUAUCGAUAGAAUGAUCGAAUUGGGAGUCGAUGUGGCUGCUAGAAAUUUUGAUAAUUACAACGCUCUUCACAUAGCUUCCAUGCAUUCGAGAGAAGAUGUUAUAAAAUUAUUGUUAAGUAAAAAAGGUGUCGACGUGUACGUGACGGGUGGAAUGAAAGAACAAACGGCUGUUCACAUGGUUGCCACAAGACAAACGGGUACAGCGACAAGCAUAUUAAGAAUAUUAUUAAACGCAGCUGGAAAAGAAAUACGAUUGCGUACGGAUGGGAAAGGUAAAAUACCACUUUUACUCGCCGUCGAAAGUGGUAAUCAAUCCAUGUGCAGAGAAUUAUUAGGAUCCCAAGCAGCCGAUCAACUUCGUGCGACAACACCCGAUGGUGACACGGCUCUUCAUUUGGCAACAAGACGAAGGGAUAUCGAUAUGGUUAGAAUACUCGUUGAUUACGGUGCAGCAAUUGAUCUUCAAAAUGGAGAUGGUCAAACGGCUUUGCACAUAGCUGCAGCGGAAGGAGAUGAAGUUUUGGUUAAAUAUUUUUACGGUGUUAGAGCGAGCGCAUCAAUCGUCGACAACCAAGAUCGUACUCCGAUGCAUUUGGCUGCUGAAUAUGGACACGCAAACAUAAUAGAAUUGUUAGCCGAUAAAUUUAAAGCAUCGAUUUUUGAAAGGACGAAAGAUGGUAGCACUCUCAUGCACAUCGCGUCUCUCAACGGUCAUUCCGAGUGUGCACAAAUGUUAUUUAAAAAGGGAGUUUAUUUACACAUGCCGAAUAAGGAUGGGGCGAGGAGUAUACAUACAGCAGCACGAUACGGUCACGUGGGUAUAAUAAACACUCUUUUGCAAAAAGGUGAAAAAGUUGACGUUACGACAAAUGAAAAUUACACUGCCUUGCAUAUAGCCGUUGAAAGUUGUAAACCUUUGGUCGUUGAAACUUUGUUAGGUUACGGAGCCGACGUUCACAUAACGGGUGGUAGCCAUAAAGAAACGCCACUGCAUAUCGCAUCGAGAGUUAAAGAUGGUGAUCGUUGUGCCUUAAUGCUCCUUAAAUCAGGUGCAGGACCCAAUAUAACGACGGAAGAUGGUGAAACUUCCGUUCACGUCGCAGCAAAAUACGGUAACGCGACAACUUUGAGUUUGUUGCUUGAAGAUAACGGGGAUCCAUUGUUUAGAAACAAACUCGGUGAAACGCCUUUACAUUUGGCAUGCAGAGGUUGUAAAAGUGAUGUUGUUAAACUUCUGAUAGAUUUUGUUAGAGAAAAAAAAGGGCCCGAGGUUGCUACAAGUUAUAUAAAUGCCGUUAACGAUAAUGGAGCAAGUGCUUUGCAUUACGCGGCAAAAGUUUCUAAAACGGAAGUGGAACGCCCUCUUGAAGAUCAAGAAGUUGUUAGACUUUUACUAGAAAGUGGAGCAAACUCUUCACUCAUGACAAAACAUGCUUUGGAAACAGCGUUUCACUAUUGUGCCGAAGCAGGAAAUAAUGACGUCAUGACGGAAAUGAUUUCUCAAAUGAAUGCGACGGACGUGCAAAAAGCGUUAAACAAACAAUCCGCUGUCGGAUGGACACCGUUACUCAUUGCUUGUCAUAAAGGCCAUAUGGAAUUGGUAAACAAUUUGUUGGCCAACCAUGCAAGGGUUGAUGUGUUUGACCUUGAGGGAAGAUCUGCUCUUCAUUUGGCUGCCGAAAAAGGUUACAUAGAAGUUUGCGAUGCUUUGCUAACAAACAAAGCAUUCAUAAAUUCAAAAUCCAGAGUUGGUAGAACAGCAUUACAUUUGGCCGCCAUGAACGGUUAUGCUGACCUGGUUAGUUUUUUAAUAAAAGAACACAACGCGAUGAUAGAUGUUUUGACACUUCGCAAACAAACGCCUCUUCAUUUGGCAGCAGCAGCCGGACAAAUUGAAGUUUGCAAACUUCUUUUAGAAUUGGGUGCGAGCAUCGAUGCCACCGACGAUCUCGGUCAAAAACCGAUACACGUUGCCGCAUUGAAUAAUUAUUCGGAUGUUGUCCAAUUGUUUUUGCAACAUUAUCCGAGCGUGGUCACAGCCUCGACAAAGGAUGGAAACACUUGUGCUCACAUAGCAGCCAUACAAGGCUCCGUAGCCGUUUUGGAAGAAUUGAUGAAAUUCGAUCGUCAAGGAGUCAUCGCUGCUCGAAAUAAAAUUACGGAAGCUACUCCCUUGCAAUUGGCUGCGGAAGGGGGUCAUGCAGAUGUUGUGAAAAUGCUAGUGAGAGCCGGCGCUUCUUGUACCGACGAAAACAAGGCUGGUUUUACGGCAGUUCAUUUAGCUGCUCAAAAUGGACACGGACAAGUUUUGGAAGUCAUGAGAAGUUCUCAGUCGUUGCGGGUAUCAUCUAAAAAACUCGGAGUCACUGCUUUGCACGUUGCCGCUUACUUUGGUCAAGCCGAUACCGUUCGUGAAUUGCUCACCUACGUUCCGGCUACCGUUAAAUCUGAUCCACCGAGUGGCGUAGGACUAGUAGAAGAAUUGGGAGCCGAGUCCGGUAUGACUCCACUUCAUUUAGCUUCUUAUUCGGGAAAUGAAAACGUUGUUCGUUUGUUAUUAAAUUCUGCCGGAGUUCAAGUGGAUGCAGCGACGACGGAAAAUGGUUACAAUUCCCUUCAUUUGGCAUGCUUCGGAGGACAUAUUACGGUUGUGGGUUUGCUAUUAAGCAGGUCGGCGGACAUGCUUCAAAGCGCGGACCAUCACGGUAAAACAGGUUUGCACAUAGCUGCCACGCAUGGUCAUUAUCAAAUGGUGGAGGUUUUACUCGGACAGGGAGCGGAAAUUAAUGCCACGGAUAAAAACGGAUGGACGCCACUUCAUUGCGCUGCACGUGCUGGAUAUCUAUCCGUCGUUCGUUUAUUAGUAGAAUCGGGAGCAUCACCAAAAUCGGAAACGAAUUACGGAUCCCCUGCGAUUUGGUUCGCAGCUUCCGAGGGUCACAAUGACGUAUUGGAAUAUUUGAUGACGAAAGAACACGAUACCUAUAGUUUGAUGGAAGAUAAAAGAUUCGUUUACAAUUUGAUGAUAUGCGGGAAAAAUAAUAAGAAUCGACCCAUCGAAGAAUUUAUUUUAGUUUCUCCAGCUCCGGUCGACACGGCUGCCAAACUCUCCGCCAUAUUAGUUAAUCUUGCGACGAAGGAAAAAGAAAGAUCUAAAGAUUUGGUUGAAGCUGGAAAACAAUGCGAAGCCAUGGCAACAGAAUUAUUGGCAUUGGCAGCAGGAGCGGAUUCAGCCGGAAGAAUUUUAACGGCGUUAGAUAGAAGGAAUAUUGAAUUUUUAGAUGUUUUAAUUGAAAACGAACAAAAGGAAGUCAUAGCGCAUACCGUUGUUCAAAGGUAUCUUCAGGAACUCUGGAAAGGAAACUUAAUGUGGUCUGCAUGGCGUUUGAUGUUUUUGUUCCUAUUAUUCAUAAUAUGUCCUCCGAUUUGGGUUUUUUUUACUCUUCCCUUAGGUCAUUCUUUUUACAAAGUACCAAUUAUCAAAUUCAUGUCUUAUUUAACGUCUCAUAUUUACCUAAUGUUAUUUUUAAUGUUGGUCGGCAUAACGCCGAUUUAUCCGGUCGUUAGAAACACUCUGUUGCCUUACUGGUACGAAUGGACCCUUUUGGUCUGGCUUUCCGGUCUUUUAUUAAACGAAUUGACGAAUCCGAGCGAUAAAUCGGGUCUCGGUUGGAUAAAAUUAGCCGUCCUCCUAUUUGGAAUAUUCGGAGUCGCUCUUCACCUUUUGGGACUGUUCAUAGAUCGUCCAUAUUGGCCAACUCUCAUGUAUUUAAGAAAUCAAUUGUUUGCUUUGUCUUUUCUACUUGCUUGCGUACAAAUUUUAGAUUUUUUAUCUUUUCAUUAUUUGUUCGGACCAUGGGCCAUUAUAAUUGGCAACCUCAUGAAAGACUUGGCCAGGUUUUUGGCCGUUUUAGCCAUAUUCGUAUUCGGAUUUUCAAUGCACAUCGUCGCGUUGAAUCAACCUUUUCGAAAUCUCACUCCGCAACAAGUUCAAGCAAAUGUUAAACCUCAUCCCUAUCAGGGAUUGUUCGGAGAAGUGAGAAUGAAUCCUCUCAUGGCGUUCGAACUACUUUUUUUUGCCGUUUUCGGUCAAACGACGCCACAAAAUUUACAAGGGACUACGAUUCAACCGUGGUGGACGUUAAUACUAUUUAAAAUAACUGGAGGUAUUUACAUGUUGGUAUCCGUGGUAGUACUCAUAAACCUUCUCAUUGCUAUGAUGAGCGACACGUAUCAAAGAAUUCAAGCUCAAUCCGAUAUCGAAUGGAAAUACGGUUUGGCAAAAUUGAUAAGGAACAUGCACAGAACAACCACGACGCCAUCACCCAUCAAUUUGAUGACGACAUGGUUAAUAAUACUGCUAAGAUUUUGCAAACAGAAAGUCAUUCAAAGAAAACGACCGAGUCUCGUACAAAUGAUGGGUCUACAAUCGAGAUCUCGCGUGAGUCCGAGAACGAAAGUUGCCACAAAAUGGUUGGCAAAAGUUAAAAAAGGACAAGUUGCACCGAAAGAUCCCGUCGCAUUAUCCGUCGUGCAUUUAAGUCCUUUGGGAUCUCAAAUGAGUUUCGGGAAUGCGACGAGAAUAGAAAACGUUGCCGAUUGGGAAGCCAUUGCGAAAAAAUACCGGGCACUCAUGGGAGAAUCGAGCGAAGAUAGAAUGGGAAAGGAUACGAAUCAACAAGAUGUGACGUCAUCUACAAUCACUCUAUUGGAAAAUAACAAUAACAAUAAUAAUAAUAAUAGUAAUAAUAAUAAUAAUAAUGCAACAUCGUCAUGA